AUGGCCGUCGAUUCUGCAACCUCUUCCCCCCUCGGACCUCCGGCGUGUGAGAAAGAUUCUAAAGCUCUUCAGUUCAUUGAAGAAAUGACCAAAAACUGUGACUCCGUUCAAGAGAAUGUGUUGUCGGAGAUUCUGGCUCAGAAUGCCGGCACUGAGUACCUGCAACAAUGGUGUCUCAACGGCGCGACUGAUCGGAAAACUUUUAAGUCGAAAGUUCCGGUGAUCACCUAUGAAGACCUUCAACCUUAUAUCCAACGUAUUGCUAAUGGCGAUCGGUCUCCCAUCCUUUCAUCUCACCCCAUUUCUGAGUUCCUCACAAGUUCGGGGACGUCCGCGGGUGAAAGAAAACUCAUGCCCACCAUUGCAGCAGAGAUGGAUCGCAGACAGAAGCUUUACAGUCUCCUAAUGCCUGUUAUGAACUUGUAUGUGCCUGGUUUAGAUAAAGGAAAAGGUUUGUACUUCUUGUUCAUCAAGGCGGAGGCAAAAACCCCAAGUGGGUUGGUGGCCCGACCCGUUCUCACAAGCUACUACAAAAGUCAGCAGUUCAAGACCCGACCCUUUGACCCGUAUAAUGUCUACACCAGCCCCAAUGAAACCAUUCUCUGUGUUGACGCUUUCCAAAGUAUGUACUCUCAAAUGCUAUGUGGUCUCGUUUAUCGUGAAGAAGUUCUCCGAUGUGGUGCUGUUUUUGCCUCCGGUCUCGUUCGAGCCAUCAAGUUUCUCCAACUCAACUGGUCACAACUCGCUCUCGAUAUCGAGUCCGGCGAGUUGAGCUCGAAAAUCACCGAUCCGGCGAUCAGGGAAUGUAUUUCCAAGAUACUGAAACCGAUGCCGGAGUUGGCUAUGUUCAUCAGAGAAGAAUGCUGUGAAGGGAACUGGGAAGGUAUCAUCACUCGGAUUUGGCCCAACACCAAGUAUCUCGACGUUAUUGUCACCGGCGCCAUGGCUCAAUACAUUCCGAUCCUCGAUUAUUACAGUGGGAAUUUACCCCAGACUUGUACGAUGUACGCUUCGUCGGAGUGUUACUUCGGACUGAACUUAACUCCGAUGGUGAAACCCUCGGAGGUGAGUUACACCAUCAUGCCGAACAUGGGUUACUUCGAGUUCAUCCCACAUGAUCCAUCGAACCCGGUGACAAUCUCACGCGACUCGCCGCCUCAUCUUCUUGAUCUCGCCGAUUUGGAGCUCGGAAAAGAGUACGAGCUCGUAAUCUCGACGUACUCGGGUCUCUGCCGGUACCGUGUCGGCGAUAUUCUCCAGGUCAAAGGGUUUCACAACUCCGCCCCACAGUUCAAAUUCAUUCGCCGGAAAAACGUUCUACUGAGCAUCGAAUCUGAUAAAACCGACGAAACCGAGCUUCAGACCGCCGUGGAAAACGCGUCGGAGCUUCUAAAAGAAUUCAACACCACCGUCGUGGAAUACACCAGCUACGGAGACACCAAAACUAUUCCCGGCCACUAUGUUAUCUACUGGGAAUUGCUGAUGAAAGAUCCAACUUUCCGGCCAACUGAUGAGGUUUUAGAUCAAUGUUGUUUGGCAAUGGAGGAAUCUUUGAACUCGGUUUAUCGACAAAGCCGGGUCGCUGAUAACUCGAUCGGUCCGUUGGAGAUUCGAGUGGUGCAAAACGGAACGUUUGAAGAAUUAAUGGAUUACGCGAUCUCGAGAGGCGCUUCCAUUAACCAGUACAAAGUUCCAAGAUGUAUCAGUUUCACACCGAUCAAGGAACUGCUCGAUUCGAGAGUUAUCUCGGUGCAUUUCAGUCCAACGACACCGCACUGGACUGCUGAACGACGUUUUUAAAAUUGAAUUAAAAACGUGGUUCGUAAAAGACAAAAUUUGGGUAUCCACCAACGAAACAUGCUCCCUCCUCCUUGGGACUGUAGACCAAAAGAAAUCUUGUAGGUUUGAAAAGUGUGUCAACUUUUGAAAAUUGAAGGGUGUAACGUGUAAUUUUCAGAUGGUAUGUACGAAUAACGUUUUCCGUUUGUCUUAUGUUGGGGUUUAGGUGAAACGUCACUGACGGAAAGAUUCCAUUUGUGGCAAGUGAAGUUCUUUUCCGAAAAGCAGAUUUUGUAUCGUCUCGAGGAGGAUCUACAAAUCUAGGGGCUUUAAUGUAAACUAUUUUAUUUUAAAGGGGGGUUUUGUUGGUAAUGUAUGUUUCUUAAUGGGCUUUAUUGUAAAUUAAUUUCAUACCAUAUUGUUGGUGGUUGUAUUCUGCGGGCGUUAUAUG